GCUUGUGUGGCUGUUGGAGUGAGUGGAGCUGUCAUGGCGCUGCCCAUACUGUGCUGUUUGCUGGUAAUCUUUCUGCCUGCAGGACUGGCCAAGAAAAGCGAUGUGAUAGAAAUCACUGAUGACAACUGGCGAGACAUCCUGGAGGGAGAGUGGAUGAUUAAAUUUUAUGCGCCAUGGUGUCCGGCCUGCCAGAAGCUGCAGCCGGAAUGGCAAGACUUUGCAGAAUGGGGAGAAGAUCUCAAUGUUAACGUGGCCAAAGUGGAUGUUACUGCUCAACCCGGUUUGAGUGGAAGGUUUGUCAUAACAGCCUUGCCAACCAUCUAUCACUGCAAAGAAGGAGUAUUCAGAAAGUAUCAAGGUUCAAGAACGCACAAGGACUUUAUUAGCUUUAUAAAUGAGAAGGAAUGGGAGGCUGUCGAACCCAUGUCAACCUGGUUUGGUCCAGACUCUCUUCUGAUGAACGCCAUGUCUGCUUUAUUCCAGUUGUCAAUGUGGAUUAGGCAAUGCCACAAUUACAUUGUGGAAGACAUUGGUAUUCCGGUCUGGGGCUCGUACAUUAUUUUUGCAUUGAUGACGCUGGUCUUAGGUCUUGUUUUGGGCCUGAUCCUGGUUUUUGUAGCAGAUUGCUUCUGUCCUUCAAAAAGAUACAGACCUCAAGGAUACAUUUACCCCAAAAGCCGUACAUCUGAAGCUAGCAAAUUGUCGGAAAAGCUGGAAGAUGAGCAGUCUGAAGACGAAGAAGAUGACACGGAUGAUGAUGAUGAAGGCACCGGCAGAGCCCCAAAUAUGACGCGGGACAGUAUACGGAAACGCGCUGUGAACUCCUAAACCUCGCCUUACUGAUCAUCAGGUCUUCCAGUUCAAGAACUGUCUCUGAUAUCACCGUGACUCUCUCCUCAGCUUUUCAGUAAUCUGCUAUUUGUACCACCUUUUUUAUUUUUUCGCUGAUCAUCUUCAAACCCAACCUUCAAUACGCUUAUGCCUCCUGUUCUGUUCUGGACUGAUUAGCAGAUUCCAUCUCAUUCUCCGGUUAUCUGCAACCAUCCUCAAUAAUGGGAGUCUGGUUUUUGGAAGACGAGGCUAGUUACAAGUGAAUGGGAUAAAAUAAAAAGUGUCUAUAAUUAUAAAAAAAAAAAAAAA